AAGAACCCCAUCCCAAGAACCCCAUCCCAAGAAGCCCAUCCCAAGAAGCCCAUCCCAAGAACCCCACACCCGGGGCCUUCAGAGGGAUGGAGCUCAUCAUCCCUGGACGGAUGGACGCCCCCAAACAGGGUGACCUCCCAAGAGGGCGAGUUCACCCUACAAACCCCGCACUGCAGCCUUGAAACCCUCUGAAAACCCCAUCAGCGCGGGGGUCCCGCUGCCCUCCGGGACCCCACAAGGUGCCCCUGGCCCCGGCCUCGCCCCUGGGUGCGCGUUCGGCUUUUCCUGUUUCAGGUCGGGCUGCGAAGGCGAUGAGGAAACGAGGCGGCGUCACACGCGCCCUCCGCCACUGCGCCCCGCGAAUGUGACCGGGAGGAACCGGCACGGCGGCCGGGCCGAGCGAGGGGCUGCGGGCAGCGGCUCGGCCCCCCGGGAACGAUGUUCUCCCGGAAGAAGCGGGAGCUGAUAAAAACCCCCUCCAUCUCCAAGAAGAGCCGGGCGGGCAGCCCCGUCCCGCAGACGCUGCCGGACCUGUCCCGCAAGGAUUGCCUGGAGGCUCUGGGCUCUGGCACGGGGGAGCUGCCCCCGGGCAGUGCCAAGCUCAGCAGCAGCCCUGGCACCGUGGGCACCCUGAAGCGCCCCACCAGCCUGAGCCGCCAUGCCAGCGCUGCCAGCUUCUCCCUGCCCGCGGCCCCCCGCGCUGCACCCAAGGGCCACAAGAGCCCCAUGUCCCACAGCCCCAUGGAGGGCGCCGAGGGUCCCUUCAUCGACCCCGAGGACAUCUCCCAGCUGCUGGCGGACGUCGCCCGCUUCGCCGAUGCCCUGGAGAAGCUGCGGGACGUGGUGCUGCGCGAUGAGCCUAAGGAGCAGCAGCGGCCGCUGGCCCACGAGUGCCUGGGUGAAACCCUCCGUGUCCUGCGCCAGGUGAUCAAUAAGUACCCACUGCUCAACACCCUGGAGACCCUGACGGCCGCUGGGACCCUCAUCUCCAAAGUCAAGGGUUUCCACUAUGAAUCCAACAACGAGGCGGACAAGAGGGAGUUCGAGAAGGCGGUGGAGACCAUCGCCGUGGCCUUCAGCAGCACGGUGUCCGAGUUCCUCAUGGGGGAGGUGGACAGCAGCACCAUCCUCUCUGUCCCACCCAGCGACCAGAACCAGACUAUGGAGAGCCUCUACGGGGGGGUUCCUGGGCCUAGAGGAGAUGGAGUGCCCUCAGGCAUGGACAGCUACGACGCAGCCCGCCCCCCGGCCGAAGCAGUGGAUGUGAUGCUGCAGCGCUGCGAGGGCGGCGUGGAUGCUGCCCUGCAGUACGCCAAAACCAUCUCCAAGUACAUGAAGGACCUGAUCGGAUACCUGGAGAAAAAGACCACGCUGGAGAUGGACUUUGCCAAAGGGCUCCAGAAGUUGGCAAACAGCUGCAAGCAAACCAUCAGCCAGGAGACCAGCAUGCCUUUGCUGUCCAUCUAUCUGCUGGCCCUGGAGCAGGACAUGGAGCACGGGAUCUCAGUUGUGCAGGCAGCCAACACCCUGCAGCAGCAAACCUUCCUGCCGCCGCUGGUGGCCAGACGCCUGGAGCAUGAGAAACGCAGGAAGGAGAUCAAGGAGCAGUGGCACCGGGCGCAGAGGAAACUGCAAGAGGCGGAGGGGAACCUGCGCAAGGCCAAGCAGACGUACAUGCAGCGCAGCGAGGAGCACGACAAGGCCAAGUACGUGGCGGUGAAGGCAGAGGAGGAGCAGCAAAGCACCACCAGCAGCAUCACCACCAAAACCCUGGACAAGAAGAGGCGGCUGGAAGAGGAAGCCAAGAAUAAGGCAGAAGAGGCCAUGGCCACCUAUCGCACCUGCGUGGCCGACGCGAACACGCAGAAGCAGGAGCUGGAGGACACCAAGGUGAACUCGCUGCGGCAGAUCCACGAAGUGAUCAAACAGACUGACCAGGUCAUCAAGUCGGCCACCAUCUCCUUCUACCAGCUGAUGCACAUGCAGACAGCGCCGCUGCCCGUGAAUUUCCAGACGCUGUGCGAGAGCAGCAAGCUGUACGACCCGGGCCAGCAGUACGCCUCGCACGUGCGGCAGCUGCAGCGCGGCGACGAGCCCGACGUCCAGUACGACUUCGAGCCCUACGUGCCCCACAGCGCCUGGUCUCCCUUUACGCAGCCACACAAGGGCAGCUUCAGCGCCAGUGAGUUCUCCAGCGGUGCAGAGGGGGCUGGGGCUGGCUCGGAGGGAGCAGCAGGAGCCAAGGAGUCGCCAAGUGGGGCCGAGCGAAGAGGUGGGAGGGGACACCAGGUGCAUAAAUCCUGGCCAACCUCUGUGGCUGAUGCUGACAGCAGCCUGGAUUCCAGUGCAGGUGAAUUCAGCCGCAAGCUCCAGCGGCUCUCAUCCAACGGCACCGCGUCCUCCAGCGAGGAGCUGGAGGAGAAGGACGGGACCCCCACUCCCUUCGAGCAGAGCAUCAACGGGAUCUCCCCGGAGCUGGCAGCUCCCACAGGGCCCUUCAGGAACGUUGGCUUGUCCAAGGCUGCCCAGACCCAUCGGCUGAGGAAGCUCCGUGCCCCUUCCAAAUGUCGGGAGUGCAACAGCUACGUGUACUUCCAGGGAGCCGAGUGCGAGGAGUGCUACCUGGCCUGCCACAAGAAGUGCCUGGAGACUUUGGCCAUCCAGUGUGGGCACAAGAAGCUCCAGGGGAAGCUGCAGCUUUUUGGGCAGGACUUCACCAAGGCGUCUCGGGCCAGCCCAGAUGGGAUCCCCUUCGUCGUCAAGAAAUGCAUUUCAGAGAUUGAGAAACGGGCCCUGAAAACGAAGGGCAUUUACCGAGUUAACGGUGUCAAGACCCGUGUGGAGAAGCUUUGCCAGGCCUUUGAGAACGGGAAGGAGCUGGUGGAGCUGUCCCAGGCCUCCCCUCAUGACAUCAGCAACGUCCUGAAGCUCUACCUGAGACAGCUGCCAGAGCCCCUGAUGCCGUUCCGGCUGUACAACGAGCUGAUGGGGCUGGCCAAGGAGAGCCUGCAGGGCGGCGAGGCCAAGGGCCGCAGCGGGAAGGGCGGCCCCGAGCUGGUGGACAGAGGAGCCGACACGGAGCAGGUGGUGCUGAGCCUGGUGCUGAAGCUGAGGGAGCUGCUGAAGGAGCUCCCUUGCGAGAACAUGGCCACGCUCCAGUACCUCCUGCAGCACCUGAGGAGGAUCAUGGAAGUGGAACAGGACAACAAGAUGACCUCAGGCAACCUGGGCAUCGUCUUUGGGCCGACGCUGAUGCGCCCCAGGCCCACGGAUGCCACCAUUUCCUUGUCCUCGCUGGUGGAUUAUCCCCACCAAGCUCGGAUCAUUGAGGCACUCAUCAUCUUCUACCCCACCAUCUUUGAGCACAAGGACGUGGCAGCGGCCGAGCCCGGCAGACGCGGCUCGGGCGCCGCAGAGGAGGCGGCCAGCGGUGCUGAGCAGGUCCAUGCAGGCUCCCAGCCUGUGGCUCCUCUUGGCACCAGCCCCUACCUGGAGCUGCCCUCGGAGAAGGGGGAUUUGGCUUUCAGCGCCGACUCGCUCGCAGAGUCCGGCGACCGCUCCGUGGACUCCGACUCGGAGCUGGAGGACGGCGCGGAGCCCCGGGCACGCCUGGCCAAGCAGGGCAGCGAGACCAGCACGGAAGAGGUGAAUUUCUGUGACGAGGGCAGCGAGGGGCCCUGCAUGGGCCAGUCAGACGCAGAGGGCUCUGCUCCUCGCUGCUGCAGCCCUGGGGACGAGCAGAGCGAUGUGGAGGAACACCCCGAGAGCCGCAGCCCUGGCACCCCCAGGGACGCCACAAACCAGCCCAAGCUGCAGCCCCGGCUCAUCUGAGCCACCACAGACACUGGGAUGGACAAAGGGGCAAACCCCCAUGGCUGGCCAGAUGCUGGAAACUGGAAUGGAGGGGUGGCAGGGACAUGUGGCAGCCCGGGGGGGUUUGGUGUGUCAGCUGCAGGUGAGUCCUGGCUGAUUCCUGGCUGGAGUUUUCACACAAAACCCCUCAGUGCCCGGCCAGGGAACGGGGUCACAGCCUGCUGGGACCCCUGGCUCAGCUGGGACCAUGAAGGACCUUGCCUGGGUUUGGGCAAACCCUCUGCUUGUUCAGGACUGGGAAAGCACCCGGGGCUUUGCCUGUGCCAGGUGUUUUAUUUUUGUUGUGCUCCUGAAUCCCUGAAUCCCACACCUGUGCUGCAAGAUUGAGGUUGGCUGAGUCAAAGGACCUGAUGGCUGAGGGUGGAAGGGAGCCAGGGCUUCCAGGAGUGACAUGGAACAACAAUCACUCGAGAUGGGCAGGAGAAUGACACCACAGGACAGCUGGGACUGAGGGCAGCUCCCUGGGACAGCUGCAGCAGUGCCUGGGUUGGGGUGAAGCCCCUGCACCAUCUCACCCUGAGCCAGGCUUGGCUUUGGGGCUGUGCCACCUGCCAGGAUCUCAGGGGAUGUCCCUCACUGACACCUGACUGAACGAGGGCUCAGGAUGGAUUUCCUGCCCCAAAACCUCAGCACCGUGGCCCAGCUGAUGGCAUCUUCAUUCCUGCUUGGAUUGACAGGCAUUUGGAUUGGUGGGCACGUCCCUCCUUGGCAGGAGACAUGCAAAGAGUUACCACAGGCUGUGGUUUGCUUGUACAGUCAUUUUAUCUCCAAAAAGCUAUGCUGCAAGUCCAGGACUAACUCCCUCUGCUCAUGCUUCCUUUUCUGUAAAGGUAUGAAUCAACCCUUCAACAUGACUCCACUACCUCUGCUGGCAAAGGGACUAAACCCAAAGUGGUUUUAGGGGUUUUUUUAAAGCAAUGAGACUUUUCCUGCACUGAGGCACAGAGAAACAAGUUGAGUUUUAGCUUGGAAUGAGCUGAGAGCCUUUUCCUUCAUUCUCCUGCUUUGGGAGACAGAGCAGGUGGUGUUGGAGGGGGUCUCAGACCCUUGGUACUCCAGAACCAGGCAAUGGACAGGAGGUUUGAGCCCUCCGAGGUCGAUGGAGACCCCAUCUCAGCAAAGGUACAUAAACCCAGCUCAACUCACAGGUUGGAACUGAGCCAGAGAAGAGCUGGAGAGCCACAGGAUUUGUUGUGCCCUGCCACUCCUCCACAGCUAGCUGGAUUUUCCCAGGGCAGCAGGAGGAUGUGGGAAUGCUGCAGCCACGGCGGUACCGCGUGCGUGUGAGGGUGGGUGAGGAUGAUGAGGGUGAGUGUGAGUGAGAGAAGGGGCUAAAGCUGUGCUUGAGCUGCCCACAGCAGCAGCUCCCUCCUGGUUGUGUUGAUUCCAUGUUUGUCCUGACAGGCCCGUGCUGCUGCACAAUGCUGCCUUGCUGUGUUCACAUUGAUGAGCUUCCCAAAAAACCAAUAAAACCAGCAUGUUCUGA